AUGGAAGAAUUUCUUCAAACUUUACACACAACAAGCGAAAGCACCGAGGAAUUACUCUAUAAUGCAGAGAGAUUCAAAGCACUCCUUAACGAAAAGAACGAAAACGAGAAGAAAAGCCUCAUUGAACUAAAAGAAGAAAAUGAAAAGCUCAAAACAGAACUACAAAAAGAAGAAGAAUGGGCAAAAUGUGUUGCCCAUGAUGUCAUUUCAGAUGAAGAGAGCUUCAAAAUAGGAAUGCUAAAGGCAAUAUGGGAAUUAAGCAGAUUUGAUACAAAUAUAAAAGAUAUGAUUGAAGAAGAUGUUCCAAAUCUACUUAUCGAAUACUUAUCAUCCGAAUCUAAUCACGAAAUACUUGCUUCCUGCCUAGGAAUUCUCGGAAACAUUGCCGCAAUCGAAGAAUUUCGAAAAAUUCUUGUUGAUAAAUAUACAACAUGCAUCGGGCAGGCAAUAAAGAUAGCAAAGAACAUAUUGGAUGCCUCAGAAGAUUGCCUUAUCGAUGCAAGAGAAUCGAUUUCGUAUUUAUCAAACAUUUCAAUGGAGAAGUUCAUGGCAAACAUGAUUGUUCAGUGUGGAACAUUAGAGACUGUUGCAUAUUCCAUCAAUAAGUUUGAAGAAAAUGAUACAUUUGUUGAUUUGUUGGUUCAACUUGCCACAAACCUAUUAAAUAACACAGACAAGCAUCCAAUAGAAGAGUGUGAUAUGCUGAAGCAAAGUUUAAUGAGUCUAAAGACGAAAACAAAACAAAUGAUUUCAUUAAUUACAUUAAUUUGA